AUGUUCAACUCCUCUUCCAGACCCCCAAACUACAGCUAUUACCCUCCUGGCCCUCAUCAACAAGGUCCACCUCCCCCCUCCAACGGCUACAACUACGGCUAUCCACCACCUGCCGGCCCAUAUCCGCCCCAAGGUCCAGGCUACGGGUACUCCGGACCACCACCACCACAACCAAACGGGUACAACAACCCCUACCCGGGACCUCCUCCUUCUCUCCAGGUAGGCAACGGGUACGGUCACGGUCAUAGCCAUAGCCAUGGCCUCAGCCACGGGUAUCCGCCUGAAAAGACACACUACGGACACGGUCCAUCGCCUGUGCCAUCGCCCGGUCACUCGCCUCGUCCCAGCUACGACAACCGCGGCCCCAGUCCGCAACCGCCCAGGAUGCCAAACGGUCCGCAAACACUCCUCCUCCGACAAUCCCCGCAAACACACAAAAUCAUCCUCGUCCACCCCGUGGGCCAACCGACAACCGCGCCCCCGCUCUACAGCCUGACCUCCUCGCCCAAGUCCAGCAAGGCAGACUAUGUGCUCGCGCGGGGCGCCGACCCGAAUAAUCCGCAGGCGCUGGUUGGCGAGGUGGGGUCUCACACGUUCAGUUCGAAGUACGACCUUACUGUCCGGGGGACAGUAUGUCUGCUGAAGGAAUCGACGCUGGGCGACAAGUACACGAUUACGAUUCCCGGGAUGGGGACGUAUAAGUGGCAUACGGAAUCGAUGUCGAGUAAGAUGUGGCUCAAGGAUGAGGCGAAGAAUGUGGUUGCGACGUACGAGAAGAGUCGCGGGCCGAGCAGUGUGGGGACUUGGAAGAAGUUUAUCGGCGGAAAGGAUCGCGAAUUGCAGGUUUUGGUGCCGCUUGGGGAGUUUUUCGUGGAGGUGUUGCUUGUUAGUAUCUAUGCCGUCAAGAUGGCCCAGGAGGGGGCAAUAGAGACGGCGGGCGAGGUUGUGGACGCGGUUGCGGGGGUGUGA